UUUUAGAACAUGUCCGAUAAAAAAGGAGUUUCUGGCACAGAAGAUGUGCAAAAACUUGUGGAGUUGAUAAAUACGACCGAUGAUGUUGAGUUAUUAGUAAAAUUAUUUUCUGUGUUAGCAGCGUAUUUAGUGUCAAAUGAGACCUAUAAAGGAGAUAUAAUCACCAGAAAUAACAUUUAUGACAAAAUUAGCUUAGUGCUACGUAAGAGCCAAUCGGUGAAAACUGUACGAGCGUUAAACUUCAUUACUGCAUUGCUAUAUCUAACUGAGGAGGAAGAGGGGCCAUCUAGGGGGAAAAGUUUGGUAUUGUAUGCUCAGAACAUGAUCAGGAUUAGCGGAUGUUUGCUACUUAUGUGCAAUAUGUUCACUAGCUGUAUGUUGCACCAGGAAACUUGGAGGGCACUGUGUCAAUGUUUAGCCGAAUCUUGCCGACAUUCAACUGAAAAUCAGUCUUAUUGCUCACAUUUGGUCCCUAUGGCCGUACAGAAAUGUAUUCAAGGAAAUACGGAAGCCAUGGAAAUAUUAAAAAGCUUGAUACAUAACCAUCAGUAUAACUCGCAACUGUUUGUGGAAUCCAACGGCAUAAUACUCUUCAGAAGGAGGGAGUCUCUUCUGGAUGACACAUCAAUGCAGCUUUUGAGUUCUUUAGUUCAACAUUCUUCACAAGAAAUGUUAUAUCUGAUCCAUGAAACCGUGUUUGAAAAUAUAACCUAUUUAAAAAAUAUAUAUGGCACACAAAACAAGAUUGGUCAGUGGGCUACCUUAAUCUGGCAUCAUUUAAAUUCCCGAAUAAAAGUCACUACAGCUAAAGCCAAAAAUAAUGAUCUCAGUCUAAGAAACAAUCAGGACAUAACAGGAAAUAAUGAGCAUUCUGUAAUUGAUAUCGCAUUCUUAAAGCCUGACGAUACCGCAAGACUAUUGCAAAAUGUUAUCAAUGAAAUACAUCAGUACAAUGCAAGGAACAACGUUAUUCAGAAAAUGAAAAGACAUACUGAUGAAGUAACAAACGUUGAACAGGACCAUUUAAACGUUAUGUUAAACUCAAAAAAGAUCCAAAGAAAUAUGUCCGGAUACAAAGCAAUUAACAUGAAAAAACAGUUGAAUAAAGAAACGGAAAACUUUGACCCCACCUCAAAUGAAAUGUCGUUUUCAUUCUUACUAAACAAUAAAAAACAUACGCACGGGAAAAACGUUAAAGUUUACAAACAAAUGGGAACUUUCGGUUCCCAAAUUGUUAAACAUCCGUCGGUUACACAUAAUUCUAUCUCUAAUCAAAUUGAAACGAUAUCAAGCGAUAUGAUGAGCAACAACAUUUUGCAACAAGACGCGACAUUUCUGAGCAGUGCUCUGCUGACCCAUGCGUCAACAUUUGAAAAUGAAGAUCCUAGUCUUCUAGACUUCAAUCCGAUAUUUGUUUCCACUCCGAAAAAAGACAAAAGAAAUACAAAAGCCAUUAAUUUAACAAAAUCUCAAAACCGCUUAGCACCAACAAAACGAAUUGUUAGAAGAAUGGAUAAAACUUUUAAGGCCGCAAGAUAUUCCAAAGAUGGAGUUAAGCCAAAAAGAGAUUUGAAGAACAGAUCAAUGACAUCAAGACUGUUUAACGUUAUAAAUGACUCGUGCACAACAUUUGUGAAAACUGUUAAAAACAUAUUCAAAUCUAAGAAAAGUGAUGAUGCGGACGUGAAGAAUCCUACUGUUAACGUUAGCAGUAUUGAACAUUCAUGUAGUUACAGCUUUACUGAUUACAUGCGCAAGAGGGACGCUCUGCUUUUAAGAAAAAAUCCAGAAAGCAUACGUAACAGCGAAUUCAAUGAAACGGACAAUAUCAAAUCUUGCAAAACCUGUAACGAUACCGUCUCACUAAAGUAUAAAGUUAACAACGACCAUUACCUCAAGGAGACAGUCACUAAGCUCAAGUUAGGAAUUAACUUAUACGGAUGUGAUUUCAAGAAAAUAUCAAGAGCUAUGUGGCCGCGAGAGACUUACAUGACACCCGAAGUGCUGUAUAAUUUGUAUCGUAAAUUAAUUGUAAAAUAAGAAUAAAACUGUUUGAUUAUGAUUUUUAAAUAAAAGAGAUUAAUUUGAAAAAAUAUUUUUCUCUGUUUUCCAUUCACUUGUUCGGAAAUCGUACUUUAAAAAAUAAUGUCCACG